CUAUUCCUCCCACUGACACCAAUAAUGGGGCACUAUUCCUCCCACUCUAAAACCAAUGAUGGGGCACUAUUCCUCCCCACUGACACCAACGAUGGGGUACAUUACCACACGAUACCAAUGAGGGGUACUAUUACUUCCACACUGAUACCAACGAUGGGGUACUAUUACUUCCACACUGAUACCACUAUUACUUCCACACUGACACCAAUGAUGGGUACUAUUACUUCCACACUGAUACCAAUGAUGCAGCACUAUUCCUCCCACUGACGCCAAUGAUGGUGCCCCAUCAUUAGUGUCACCCGGGAUUCCUCCCUCUCCCAUCCACAGCCAGCACACCUGGCUGCAGUAGUAUAAUCUGCUCUGCCCCAGAUCCCA